AUGGGUCCCAACUGGAGGUUGAUGCACUUCAGCACAGUUGAGCACGCUCAAUCAAUGACUAAUACCGGCCUCAUACCCCAGCCGCCCUCGGGCAGCAGCUGCAUCCUCGCACAGGAGCUGACCGCGUGCGCAACCUGUCUCAUCAUCACCCAUCGUCGUGGCAAGCACCCGGUGCUCCGUGCCGCUGUGGCGCGCAAGAUGCUGGCACAUACUGUACAGUGCAGCGCGGUGCAGUGCAUCCCUCCAACACCGGAGACGUCGAGUCGAGUCGAGCGUCGAGCCCACGUCCGCGUCGCCCCGAAGUGGCACAGAGGCUGAGUGGCCGGGCUGGAAACCGGGGGUUGCAGCGCUGGGUUCCGCGGGCACAUGUAAAUAAACACGGCGAAUGGCUGCAUGUGCUUUCGUCCAGCAGCCAAUGGCCUGCAGCUCUGCCCGCCCGCUGCAGCGUCCAUUGGCCUCGUUUCC